AUAGCCAAGUUGGGGCGCCGAACCUGGCGCGUCCCUUCGGCUCGAGCCUUGACCUUUGCGGAAACAGCGUUAACGGUCUUGGGUAGCGAGGUUGUGUAAUGAAGGGUAAUAAGAAGCUGGAGGCGGCGGGCUGGCAACUUCAGCCUGUUCGAUCGCGCCGAGGAUGGCGUGUCCCUACGGCUCGAUCCUAUGUAGAGCCUUACACGGCGUCCAUAGUUGGAGUCUAUCAUGCGUACGCUCGCCUCGCUCCCUCUCCACUGUAUAAGUAUACGGCUGCCUCAGGCUCGGCAGUCCCCUAGGACCAGCCAACGAUGACCAGCGAACACAGCGAACAUCCACUCGGGCGAUCUGAGCCGACCGGCUCCAGAACCUCAGGCUUAGCACAUCGGUAUCUGCGCGACGACAACAAGCAUAUCUGGCUGUCGUGCUGCGUGGCAGCCUCGAUAUCCAUCUUUCCGCUCAGCACCCUGAUCGCACGCCGCAUCCCGCGGCUUGCCACCUCUGCAUGGGCGCGAGAGACGUGGGCCGACAAACACAGCAUCGGCACACUUCUGCAAGCAUCUACUGCGUUGGGAGCUAUAACCUACUCGUUCACGCGUCAGAGGCAAUAUAAGAAGACGGCCGAGACAGACGAAGACGUCCGGACCAUCGCACUCGCCACUGAUGCAGUUGGACACGGCUUCCAGCGGCAAUCGCCCGAGCUCCUACAACUCUUGUUGCUGCAACGAAAUGGGACCUUGGGCCCAGCAGAACCCGAGAAACCGACCAAUAAUAUCAUGGAAUCGGAGGGGCCGAGCAACAUCAUAGAAAGGAGUGUAAUGGCCGCAGCCAAGCUUUGGACUUCCUCGACGCCCUUGUGGAUCGUGCGCAAGGGCUUGGAGGACGACCUACGAGAUCACGGCGUGCCGCAGCGUGACAUCGAGAGAGUGGUAGUCCUUCUAGGAGGAGCACCGGACUUCGAGAAGCACUUGGUAGGCAUUGUCCCGCCAUUCAGCAGUCUGCAUACUAUGCUAAGCCUCCGGCAGGGUCUAUAUGUAUUGACAGUACUUGCGUUGACACUGGGGUAUACCUGGCCUAUGCUCACAAAGAGGCCACGGCCGAGGUGGCUGGGCUUCGGAGCGAUCCCUUGGGUGGGUGCGUGGGGUAUGUAUGGCAUCACUUACUUUCAGCAUGAAUGGUUAGCUUUGCACAUCGAAGAUAGGUCUGCUGUUGCUACUGUUUUGCGAAAGAGACGCCUCACGCAGACAUAGCGUCGGAGGUGUUCAAUAGCUACUGGCCUGGACUCGCUAUGUCUACUGUCUCCGUUUCUACUCCCCACCCUACUCCUUGAAUCGAGGUUCUGCCAGGCCGCUGAUGGCAUCUUGCCUCUCUUUGUAUGUUGAGCGUGUGGCCCCCAAGAAUUGCUAGCUUAGGUGCGCGCGAGUCUGACGCAGACGUCGGGCACUUAACGAACCACAGAACCGCUGAUCAUGGAAUGUAUCUAGCCUGCGUCAACUUCCUCAGGCUCCUCGUACCACCGUCAUGCAGUUCCGCGAUUCUGUGAAGUCGACGUUGCAAUAGUGCGUCUCGAGCGCAAGCUCAAAAUAGUUAGGGAACUACUUAUCUGCCUUAUACAUACGACAGUCCUCACGUCAACUUGAGUCGUGUUUGUGGCCUGCCUACGGAAGACUAGCUGAUCUGUGUAAGACUGUAUUAGACUUCCUUACUUACAC